AUGCCAGCAGCCGUGCAGCUUUACACUCCAAGCUACCAAUGCAAAUGGCGCGGGAAACUGACGUCGCUGCCGUCGACACAGGCAAUCGGCGACAGCACAACAGCGCCUAGUGAGAAAAGACUCCACGUUUUUGACAGAACCACGAAUAUUAGGUUCCUGGUCGACUCUGGAUCCGUCGUUUCGCUGAUUCCUCGGAAGUGCGUGCACAGGAAGCUCACUCCUACCGAACUACAACUAUUCGCCGCCAAUUCAUCAGCCAUCUGCACAUUUGGCCAGCAGCCGCUCACCCUCGAUCUCGGACUUCGCCGCGCAUUAAAAUGGUCGUUCAUCAUUGCUGAUGUGAACUCAGCGAUCAUCGGAGCUGAUUUUCUCUCACACUACGGUCUAAUCAUCGAUCUCUCUCGACAACGCCUUGUGGAUCCAAAAACCAGCCUUGCCACACAGGGUCAGGUAUGUGAGACAACCAUUUUUAGUGUCUCCGCAACCAGUCAACACAAUCUUCCGAACUCACCACACCGAGAGCCAUAUGCCACACUACUGGACUCGCAUGCAGCAGUCUUCGCACCAAGGCCAACUCCUUCAGCGAUCCGCUUUGACGGGAUCACGCAUCAUAUAGAGACCACAGGACCUCCAGUGUUCGAGCGUCCACGACGACUUCUAGGUGACAAAUUGGCAGCCGCCAAGGCAGACUUCGACCUUCUCUUACAUCUUGGGGUCGUGCAACCUUCACGCAGUCAAUGGGCGAGUCCGAUACACAUGGUGCAGAAAAACAAGGUGGCUGGCGCACAACAGGUGAUUACCGGCGUCUAA